AUGUCCGUGAUCCUCUGCACAGCGGGCUACGACCACACCAUCCGCUUCUGGGAAGCGCUGUCGGGCAUCUGCUCGCGUACCAUCCCCCACCCAGACUCGCAAGUGAACCGCCUGUGCAUCUCGCCCGACAAACGCUACCUCGCCGCCGCCGGCCACCACACGGUGAAGCUGUACGACAUCAAAUCGACCAACCCCAACGCCAUCCUCACCUUCGACGGCCACACGAGCAACAUCACCGGCGUCGCGUUCCACUGCGAGUCCAAGUGGCUGGUGACGAGCAGCGAGGACGGCACGGUCAAGAUCUGGGACACGCGCAGUGGCAAUGUGCAGCGCAACUACACACACGGCGUCCCCGUCAAUGAUGUCGUCAUCCAUCCCAACCAGGGCGAGCUGAUCAGCUGCGAUCGAGGGGGGAACGUGAGGAUCUGGGAUCUGGGGGAGAACAAGUGUAGCCAUCAGCUCAUUCCCGAGGACGACGUGAGUGUCGCGAGCGUCACGGUGGCGAGCGACGGGAGCAUGGUCUGUGCGGGCAACAACGCCGGCAACGUCUAUGUCUGGAAAAUGGUGAUGCGCGGCGACCUCACCUCCAUCAUCCCCGUCUGCAAGUUCCUCGCCCACCACACCUACAUCACCCGCGUCCUGCUCUCCCCCGACGUGCGCCACCUCGCCACCUGCUCCGCCGACCACACCAGCCGCAUCUGGUCCGUCGACCUCUCCUCCCCCCACAACGUCCAGCCCGGCGACGCCCUCCCCAGCGCCGCCGAGCGCGACCCGGCCGCCUUCCCGCUCGAGACCACGCUGCACGGCCACCAGAGGUGGGUCUGGGACUGCGCCUUCAGCGCCGAUAGCGCCUAUCUCGUCACCGCCUGCAGCGAUCACUACGCCCGCCUGUGGGAGCUGGGCAGCCAGAGCAUCAUCAGGCAGUACAAUGGACACCACCGAGGCGCGGUCUGUGUCGCGCUGAACGACACCGCCGUGGGCAACUAG